CGGCUGAUCCCGGACCCGAGGGCCGAAUGCUCGUCAGUCGUCACUCGUGGUGGUCUGUAAACAAAUGGGGUAUAGGCCGUCAUGGAAGACAGACUUUUAUUAUUUUUAGUGUCAUUAUAACCAUAUAAUUUGUAAAUUUAACGGUGCAAUAAUCGACUUGUUCAAGGCACCCUGUUUGCCUCCGAGUCUGUGGAGACUAAAACGGUGGCAAGACUUCAAAAAGCAAAAAUAUGCUUCUCCAGAAGAUGUAUGUGCUCGACAUGAGGGCCCAGCAACUAUUACUGCCCUUCGCCUGCCGCUCACUGGCCACUUCACACCUUAGGGCGGAAGCAAAGCCUGCAGCUGAAGAGGAGUUUCGCACUCUGGAAAUAGGAAGGAAGAAGAGAGAGAGAUUUACUGCAAAGACAUUCAAGCCUGUCACUAUGUUGCCUCCCAGAUACAAGCAACAAAAGACAGAUCAGGAUUGGGGAAGUGUGUGGCCAGCUGCCAGGACAUUCCAUCCAGCCACAGUGCCCUUCCCAGUACGGCAGGGAUAUCCAGCCUCAGGCCAGCCUACGCCGGACAAAUGGGCAAAUGCUGAAUUAAUGAAAAUACCUAAUUUCCUUCAUCUGACUCCUCCUGUAAUAAAGCGCCAAUGUGAAGCACUUAAAAAAUUCUGCACUCCUUGGCCUGCUGGACUUGAAACUACAGCCAAACAGGAGAAACAUUUUCCAGUUACUGUCUCUACAAGUUCAUAUCUACACUCAUCUCCUACUAUAAGGGACCCAAAGGCACGAAUAGUUACACUGAAGGUACCUCUGAAAAGCCUGGAUUUAGAUUACCACGGGCGAGACAAGCUGCUGCGCCUGGUGGGGGAGCGCUAUGAUGCCAAAACAGACUGCCUUACACUGGUAGCAGACCGCUGUCCACUUUCCAAGCAGAAUUAUGACUACUGCCAGUACCUCCUGACUGUCCUGUACAAUGAAUCUAUGAAAACAGAGCCAUGGGAACACGAGAAGGAACUGGAGGACCAUGAAAAGUACAUUUGGGAGGGCAGUCCUUCACAAGCAGCAGCACAGACUGUGGUAACUGCAAGGGGCACUACUGAUGCUGAAGAGCUUUUGAAGGAGUAUGAGCAGGUCGUGACAGACCUUCACAAUGAGGGUGAGGAUGAAACAACAGUCUUAAGGUAUCAAGAGAGUGUGAUGAAGCUGUUGGGUCUGAUUGAUCCCCAAGACACUGCCACAGCCAGUGAACCUAAACAUGUUCAAGGCGAGGUGUGUUAAGAGAAACUUAAUUUGAUUCUGAAAUUUUUGUUAAUAACAUGAAUCCCAUUUUUAUUGUACAUUAAUAUGAACAUGUAUUUAAUGUUUGUGAAAGAAAAGUAGUAAAGAAAUUACCACAAA